AUGUGCCCGUGCCCGCUCGGGGCGCGGGGGCGAAGGGAGCGACCCCCGGUCCCCCCGCCGCCCACGGCGCGGGUGUCCCCGCACAGGCUGGGGCGAGGGGGACAGCCACCUCCCUUCGCUCUUCUCACGCGCGUCCUAGCACCUGUGACACACCUGUCGGUCACCGAUGCCACCAAUAAAGGGGCCUCCCCCGCGCCCCGCGACCACCUCGUCUGGGCCAUCUUCAACACCCUCUACAUGAACUUCUGCUGCCUGGGCUUCGUGGCGCUCGCCUUCGCCAUCAAGGCUCGGGACCGGAAAGUGUCCGGGGACGUGGAAGCCGCUCGGCACUUCAGCUCCAAGGCGCGGUGCUACAACGCCCUGGCCACGGCGGGCAGCGUGCUGCUGCCCCUCCUGCUCGCUGCCCUCAUUGUCACCGGUGUCAUCCACCUCUCCAAGCUGGCGCAGGAGUCCGUCGGCUUCUUCACCUACCAGUUCAGCGGGAGCGACGAUGAGGACCAGUGACUCUGGGAGAAGGGCUGGUGGAACCUCCUCUGCACCGCCCCAAAAGGCCACCACCCCUCUCUGCCACCCCGUUCCCCGCUCCGCUGUGAGGGCACAGUUAUCUUUGUUUAUCUAUCCUGUGGGUUUUUUACUUCCCGUUAUCCUGUGUGAAGCCCCAGCUUCCGUGGUCGCUAUUUAAAUCAUUAAAUUCUUCACACAGCACGAAUUUCUGCGUGUGGAAAGGGGCGGGGGGGUGCCAAAGGGAAAACAUAAGUGGGGAUUUUUGGCUCUGAUCGAGCUCCUGGCAGCCAGGAGACACCGUCAUUCCCACGGCUUUUAGGGCUACCUCUGGCCACCGGGAUCCCCAGGACUGAGGAGGGGAGGAAGCAGAGAGGCUCCUGGGCCUCGUGGGGGCAGGGUGAAGCAAAUGGGGUGUCCCCUCCCCACCCCAAAGGAGAGCUGAGACCUGCAAAUUCAUCACAGCAACACAGACAUCCCCAGCCAGUCCCAGCCAGGCCAGGGGGGAAGUUGGGAUGCACCCCCACUGCUCCCUGC